AUGAAAUCAAAUGAUUCAUUAUCAUCAUCUGCUUCUUAUGCGACGAUAUCAUCAAUUUCAAACCGAAAAUGUGACAGUGGUUUUUCGGAAACAACAUCAUUUAUACAAACUUCUACAUGUUUUGAACAAAUUCUUAUGCUUGAAAGAACAUAUCAUGAAAAUUUAAAACAAUAUAUUAUUAAAUAUUCUCGACCAUUAAGACGUUAUUUAAAUCCUACUGAAAUUGUUGAUCUUUUUCAAAAUAUUGAAAAAAUUGCAGCCAUAUCACAUUCAAUGGUUCGUCAUUGUGAAAAAUUAUGUGAUGAAGAUAACACUUCCAAUAUAUCAAUAUCAUUAAUCUAUCAAUCAUGUUUUGAUGUUAUGAUCGAUUCAUAUAAUACAUACAUAUCUCGAAGUAUAAAUGUUCAAGCUAUAUUAAAACAAUAUUGUCAUAAAAUUGCAUAUUUUCUUCAAACUCCAAUUGACUUAGUUAUACACGAAAUAAUCGAAUUUAUUCUACUACCUAUUCGAUAUAUUUGUACGUUAAAUGAUUUAUUUGAAUUAUUUGUUAUCAAUUAUUCAGAUUUAAUGAAUAGUAUAGAUUGGAAUAUAAUUCAAAAUAUAAGAUGUUUAUCCAAACAAGCGAAUAAUAUUCUCUAUUUAUUAUGUCAUGAUGAAAUAUCAAUAUUAGAAUCAUCACAAAAUCUAACAUUACAAUCUGAUAUAUCAUCAAUUAUUGUUCUACAACGUACAAAUAAAGAACCAUGGGAAACAAAAGAAAUUGAAUUGUUUGAUUCAAAAUUAUCAUUUACAAAAACGAAUCAAAAGUCAAGUAUUUGUUUAUCAAAUGUUAUUCAAAUAGAAGAAGAUUUGUCCAAUGCAGAAAUAUGUUUAAUAGUGGCGUCAACAUAUUCACGAUAUUCAUCAAUUGAAAUGAUACGUGUAUAUAUACGUUUUCAAAAUAAAAAUCAUUAUCUUAUAUGGUUAGAACAUUUAACAAAUGCUAUUGGAAAAGCAAAAGAUCGUAAUUGGACAGAGAACCAUGAAGUUGUAAUUUAA